AUCCUACUAAGGGGAAGUUUAAAUUAAUCCAGUGCGUACGUAAAGAUUGACCAAGGCAUACUAAAAAUAGACGAGGGCUGGGUCCGGGGAAAACAAAGAUUCAAAAUAGAAUUUGAUCGAUUGAGUAGAGAAUUCUACCACCAAUAUUAUCGACCCAUGUCUAAACAACCCAUGAAUCAAUGCCUAUAUUAAAACCUGAUUGCCUGCAUAUGGAACGAGCUAACAAUGGCAGUUCUGGGAGGCUCUGUAUUUCUGCAGCAAGUCCCUCAGAGCUUGCCUUGUUCUUCUCAACAUGCAAGAAGAUUCAAUGAGAAACGCAUCCGAAGCUCAGUUUUUGUGAGCUCUAUCAUCAACAAUGGCAGCUUGGGUGAUGUCUCAAAAAGAAGAUGGCUUCCUGUGGUUUAUUGUUCUUUUGAACAAAAUAAAAUGAAGAAUGACAGAUGGGAUGGACUUGCAUACGACACUUCUGAUGAUCAGCAGGACAUCACCAGAGGAAAAGGAAUGGUUGAUUCUGUCUUUCAGGGGGCUGUGGGAAUGGGAACCCAAACAGCUGUCAUGAGUAGCUAUGAUUACAUCAGUUCUGCUCAGCGCAUGUAUGCUUAUGAUGACUCUACAUCGGAUGGUUUUUACAUAGCUCCUGCAUUCAUGGAUAAGCUGGUCCUCCACAUAGCUAAGAAUUUCAUGGACUUGCCUAAAAUUAAGGUGCCUCUUAUAUUGGGUGUUUGGGGUGGCAAAGGGCAAGGAAAAUCGUUUCAGUGCGAGCUUGUUUUUGCAAAGCUAGGGAUCAAUCCCAUUAUGAUGAGUGCAGGAGAAUUAGAGAGUGGAAAUGCAGGUGAACCUGCAAAACUCAUCAGGCAGAGAUACAGGGAGGCUUCUGAUAUAAUCAAGAAAGGAAAGAUGUGUGCCCUCUUCAUAAAUGAUCUUGAUGCAGGUGCUGGUAGAAUGGGUGGAACUACACAAUACACUGUCAAUAACCAAAUGGUGAAUGCAACUCUCAUGAACAUUGCAGACAAUCCUACAAAUGUUCAACUACCAGGCCAAUAUAACAAAGUUGAGAAUCCUCGGGUACCAAUUAUUGUUACAGGAAAUGACUUUUCUACUUUAUAUGCACCUUUGAUUAGAGAUGGACGGAUGGAAAAGUUCUAUUGGGCACCUACCCGAGACGAUCUCAUUGGCAUUUGCAGAGGAAUUUUCAGGGCAGAUAAUGCGCACCUUAAUGCUAUAGCCAAAUUAGUAGAUAUGUUCGCUGGUCAGUCAAUAGACUUCUUUGGUGCUCUAAGAGCUCGGGCAUAUGAUGAUGAGGUGAGGAACUGGAUCAGCAAUGUUGGUGUUGAGAAUAUAGGGAAGAAACUGAUCAAUUCAAAGGAGGGCCCACCUGCAUUCAAGAAGCCUCUGAUGACUAUGGAUAAACUAGUUGAAUAUGGGCAAAUGCUAAUCCAAGAGCAGGAAAAUGUUAAGAGGGUUCAAUUGGCUGACAAAUAUCUCAAAGAAGCUGCUCUCGGUGAUGCUAAUGCCGAUGCAAUAAAUCAAGGAACAUUCUUUGGCAAGUAAGCAAAGUCCCUUGGUGACCAUGGUUAUGAGUAAGCAAUGUCACCUGUUUAAUAUUGGUUCUAUAAACAUGUAUCAAUUUACAAUUUACUUGUAAAUGUAAAUUCACAUCAAAAGGCCAAAUCGAAAUCUUUAUUGAUGAGCUUAUAUUCUAUGAUUUUGUAGCCUCUAUCAAGCAGAGGUUUAAGACCCUGCAUACAAUACUUUAUUAUAUAAAUGGUUCUUUUGUUUAUAUUGGAACCCAGAUAGAUGGAAAUUAUUGCUAUAUUCUUUAUGCA